GCGCGUUUGAUGUCGCGACACGCGUAGUCUCCGCGUUGCCCGCUUGAAACCCUUUCCUCAAUUCAUCUACCCGAAAUUCAACUGAAUACACCGAGAAUAACGAUUAAUGGGCGCCAAUCAUUAGGGUUCUAUAAUUCUGGCGCCAUGGCUUCUGCCCGAGCUAAGUUGGCAGAAUUGCGCGCUUUGCGUGCUGCAGGAAAGAAACGUCUGUCGACCUAUGAGGUUGAAGAACAGGGAGACAUCUACGAGGAGGUUGACGACGAAGGCUAUAAGAAGAUUAUUCGGAAUCGCCUGGACGAGGAUGACUUCGUUGUUGAUGAUAAUGGCGAGGGGUAUGCCGAUGACGGCCGAGAGGUUUGGAAUGAACGUACGGUAGAUUUCUAUGACAGCGAAAGCGACGACGGCGAAUUGCCUGCGAAUAGCAAGGCUGCGAAGAGGAAGCGCGAGGAAGAGAAGCAGAGAAAGGAGAAGAUAAAUAAUGGAAUUUCAAAGUAUUUUAACAAGGGAGCUACUACCUCGGCCCCGAAGCCUAAACCAGUCGCCUCUGCCGAGGAUGACGCAUUCAUGGCCGAUCUUCUCGGAGAAGUUGAUACCAAUGUCGUCUCAAAUCAUGUUCCAACGCAGAAUGUGAUUAAAUCCGAAGCUCGACGCAAAGUUCGAAUCCUUUCCCCUCCUUUAUCCCAUAGACCGCGUCUAGAGAAGAAAGAGAAGAGGGAUGAGAAUAGUGAUCCGAUGUCGCCAGUUGGCCAGAACCCGGACUUGGAUCUGGAUAACGACGACGGACCUCUUCCAACGGCAGACGACGAUGACGUUCCAAUGAGCGAUCCCAUGCCAUCAUCCCCCGUGACCAAAGCAGUAGCGCGGAAAUCGGCCAUUCCGGUGAAGACAGAGGAGUUUGACGACGAUGAAGACAACGACUUGAUGGAAAUCGCAGAGGCUACCGGCCAGCAUGAGGCCAAGGCCUCAAGUGUCAACAUGACUGGAAGCCGGCCACCACCGAAAAUCAAGAAAGAACUGUAUUCUACUCCCGCGAACUCAUCUCCAGUGAAGGCUGUGGCAGACAUUGUAGAUGCUUCGUGGAAUGAUGUGAGGAACAAGUUAAAUGUUCUUAGUAGCCCAGCGUCAGAAACGCGGAUGUUCGGAAAACUACGUGCGCAGGAUGUCGUGGAGGAAGAUGGAAGCUUGCGCAUGUUCUGGAUAGACUUCACGGAAGUCAAUGGCAGUCUUUGCUUAUUCGGAAAAGUGAAAAAUAAGCAGACUGGCAACUACGCUAGUGCAUUCGUUAAGAUCGACAACAUUCUGCGAAAGCUCUAUUUCCUUCCCCGGGAACAUAGACAUAAACAUGGCCGGGAGACGGACGAAGAAGUGGACAUGGAAGACGUCUAUAAGGAAGUUGACGGCAUGAUGUCAAAACUCAAAGUUGGGAUGCAUAAGAUCAAAGAAUGCACUCGACAGUACGCAUUUGAGAUGCCCGGCAUUCCCAAGGAGGCCGAUUACUUGAAGUUGCUAUACCCGUAUGAUAAGCCUGCGUUGCCCAUGGAUGUGAAGGGAGAGACCUUCUCUAACGUCUUCGGUACCAACACUUCCUUAUUCGAGCAGUUCGUUCUCUGGAAGAACAUCAUGGGACCCUGUUGGCUCAAGUUUGAGGAAGCAGACUUCUCUGCUGUUAACAAUGCAUCUUGGUGCAAAUUUGAAUGCCAGGUCUCUAAACCGGCGCUUAUUUCCCCAGUGCCCGAUUCUGAGAACCUAGAGCCACCCCCGUUCACUUUGAUGAGUCUAGCCUUCAAGACCCAACUGAACGUGAAAGAAAACAAACAGGAAAUCUUAGUGGCGAGCGCUCGAGUGUACGAGAAUAUUUCCCUCACGGACACGACCCCUCCAGAGAGACUUCCCUGCAAGACGUUCACGGUGAUGCGGCCUGUCGGCUCUUCAUACCCCGUAGGUUUUGAAGCAGAGACCAAGAAGCAACGAGGCACUUAUAUCUUGGAGAGGAGCGAGCAAUUCUUACUCAGUAAAUUCCUGGCACUGUUCGAGAAGAUGGACCCUGAUGUUCUGAUGGGACACCAGCUCCAAGAAGUCGACCUUAGUAUCUUGCUCAACAGAUUGAAGGAAAAGAAGACCCCCGGAUGGCAUCGACUGGGUCGAUUGAAGCGUGGAGACUGGCCCAAGAAUUUUAACAGGGGCGGUGGAUUCUUCGCCGAGAGACAUCUCAUUGCAGGAAGACUAAUGUGUGACGUGGCCAACGACAUGGGCAAGUCCCUCAUGAUGAAAUGCCAAUCAUGGAGUCUGACGGAAAUGUGCAAUCUCUAUCUUGGACCCGGCAAUACACGACAGGAACUGGACAGCGAAGCUGCACUGAAGACUUGGGCUACCACCAAAGAUGGCCUGAUGAAUUAUGUGAACCAUUGCGAUACUGACACUUACUUCAUUGCCGCACUGGUCCUGCGACUUCAAAUGCUGUCCUUGACCAAAGUCCUCACCAAUAUUGCCGGUAAUUCCUGGGCACGAACCCUCAGUGGUACCCGAGCGGAGCGUAACGAGUAUAUCCUACUCCAUGAGUUUCAUCGGAACAAGUAUAUAUGCCCGGAUAAGUAUUCUUCCAAGUUACAAAAAGCGGAAGAGAAGCUCCAGGACGGCGAUGAGGAUGAUACCACAGAUAAGAAGAAAAAAGACAAGUACAAGGGUGGUCUUGUUUUCGAACCCGAAAAAGGUCUCUACGAUCGAUUCAUCCUCGUAAUGGACUUCAACAGUUUGUACCCGAGUAUCAUCCAGGAAUACAAUAUUUGCUUUACCACUGUGGAGCGGACUGCAACUUCUGAAAAUGAGAAUGACGAGAAAGUGCCUGAGGUUCCUUCCGCUGAUCAGGAACAGGGAAUUCUCCCACGGAUUAUUUCCACUCUCGUUGGUCGUCGACGAGAGGUGAAAAAGCUAAUGAAAGACAAACGCGCAACACCUGAACAGCUUGCGCUGUGGGAUACGAAACAAUUGGCUUUCAAACUGACCGCUAACUCUAUGUACGGAUGCUUGGGUUACACGCAAAGUCGCUUCUACGCUCGCCCCCUGGCCAUGCUCACCACCUUCAAGGGUCGUGAAAUUCUUAGGAGUACCAAGGAAUUGGCAGAAUCAAAGCAGCUGAGGGUCAUCUAUGGUGAUACGGAUUCUGUCAUGAUCAACACGAACAUGGACACGCUUAGCGACGCGCUGAAGGUUGGAGAGGAGUUCAAGAAAUCUGUGAAUGAACGAUACCGGCUUUUGGAAAUUGAUAUCGAUAAUAUCUUCCGUCGCCUGCUAUUACAUGCCAAAAAGAAAUAUGCCGCUGUGAACAUGACAGAAGUGGAUGGCAAGUAUGUGGACAAGUUGGAGGUAAAGGGAUUGGAUAUGAAGCGCCGUGAAUAUUGCGCCCUCUCAAAGGAAGUGUCCCAAAGACUCUUGAACGAAGUUCUCUCUGGGGAAGACCAAGAGAUCGUCCUCAACCGGGUUCAUGACUAUCUGCGCGACUUGGCAGGCAAAAUGCGGGAGUUCGCCAUUCCUGUCCAGAAAUAUGUGAUCUAUACUAAACUCUCGAAACGCCCUGAAGAAUAUCCUAAUAAAGAGACGAUGCCUCCCGUUCAAGUUGCCCUACGAGAGCUUGCCCGCGGCAAAUCAGUUCGGCCCAACGAUGUGAUCUCAUACAUUGUGACGACUGGAGAUUCCGAAACAUCGUCUCUUCCGCCAGCAAAGCGCUCGUACACGCUUCCCGAUGUGAUGAAGUCUGAAUCAGGGCUCAAGCCUGACAUUGAGUUUUACCUUUUGAAGCAGAUCUUCCCUCCUAUUGAGCGUCUCUGUGCCCCGAUUCCCGGAACUGAUGCGGUUCGCUUGGCCGAAUGUUUGGGUCUGGAUGUUCGCAAGUAUCAAAUUAAUAGUUCUAGCAGUGGCAACCAGCAGAACGCGGAUAUUUUCCCACUGGAGUCACAGAUUCCGGAUUCUGUCCGAUUUGAAAACGCCGCACGACUUACGCUGACCUGUCGGUUCUGCAAAGAGAAGUCGGUCUUCGAAGGGCUUGCUGCAUCAUCCCACAUGUGCAACUCUAACGGCCUCGUCUGUGCGAAUAAAGCCUGUCAGAAACAGUUCUCUGUUUUGACGAUCAUCGCCCAGCUGGAGAGCCAGAUUCGGGCCCAGACCUCCAAGUAUUACGAGGGCUGGCUUGUCUGCGACGAUUCUGCCUGCGGCAACCGAACGCGGCAGAUCAGUGUAUACGGGCAUAGGUGCCUGGGACCCCGAGGCCACGCUGAAGGCUGCCUUGGUCGGAUGACAUAUGAGUACUCGGAGAAGCAACUCUACAACCAAUUGUUGUACUUUGCCGGGCUCUGGGAUGUGGAUAAGGCGCGGGCCGCCGCUGAGAAAGACACUAGUGGAGAAAAGAAAGACAGUGUUGCUGCUCUGGUUGAGUUUAAUCGCGCACGGUUCGAGACUAUUAAAGGCGUGGUGGACGCAUACUUGAAGAAGUGCGGACGACAAUGGGUUGAAAUGGAUAGUCUGUUCCGGUUUAUGUUACCAUAGGAGUUUCAGGCGAGGGACAUUAAUUUGGAUAGCAUCUGUAUAUAGUCUUACCACUGGGUUUUAUGUUUGGGAUGAAGGAAUGAAGAUUACCUAGAA